AUGUCACAAGGCCUGAGAAAGAAAAUAAUUUCUGUCAUGACACAGUAGAUGUCUUUACACAAGAAGAUCAGCAAAGCUUUAUUUAUCAGUCAGAAUACUGUAGCAAGAGUGAUACAAACAUUUAACAAAGAUGGAACUGCAACCAUCUCACAGAGACGUCUAGGCCAUCCUCAGAAGUUAAUACCUUGACAGGAGCGUCUUCUGAAGAGCAGGGUUGAAGAAAAUCGCCAUGCAAGUUCACUGCACUUAGCUAAAGAAGUAGAAAGCUAAACUGGGGUGAUUGUUUCCUGUGACACAAUACAACGUACACUGCAGAGGAAUGACAUGCAUGGCUGUCGUCCAUGA